AAAAUGGCGCGUACUAAGCAGACCGCUCGUAAGUCCACUGGCGGAAAGGCCCCCCGUAAGCAGCUGGCCACUAAGGCUGCCCGUAAAUCGGCUCCAGCUACAGGCGGUGUAAAAAAACCCCAUCGUUACAGGCCUGGUACCGUCGCUCUCCGUGAGAUCCGUCGUUACCAGAAAUCGACUGAGCUUCUCAUUCGCAAGCUGCCCUUCCAACGUCUUGUGCGCGAGAUCGCUCAGGAUUUCAAAACCGAUCUGCGUUUCCAGAGCUCGGCGGUCAUGGCUCUUCAGGAGGCGUCCGAGGCUUAUCUGGUCGGUCUCUUUGAGGACACCAAUCUAUGCGCCAUCCAUGCCAAACGUGUCACCAUUAUGCCUAAGGACAUCCAACUGGCUCGUCGUAUUCGCGGAGAGCGCGCUUAAGUUACUGGAAUCUUUACUUGAGUAAGAAAAAAACGGCCCUUUUCAGGGCCACCAACAUCCAGAAGAUCAUGCACUUUACUGUGCAUUCUCAAAUAAUUAAAUAUACUUUUGCAGACCAUUUACAUAUUAAGUAACUGGUAGUUUAUAGAUGAGUGAUGGAUAUGUCUGCUCAAUAUAUUGCGGGCAA